AUUCCUCAAAGCAAUUGUCAUAUUCUAAUUUCCUCCCGCUAGUCAUUCCCCAUCGGUCAACAAAUUCGCCUUCAGGAUGGAUUGGCAAGGGCAAAAGCUAGCGGAGCAGAUGAUGCAGAUUAUGUUGGUUGCUUUUGCGGUGGUGGCCUUUUUGACAGGCUAUGUUAUGGAAUCGUUUCGGAUGAUGAUGUUGGUUUAUGCUUGCGGUGUGGUUCUUACCACACUAAUCACUGUUCCGAAUUGGCCUUUCUUUAAUCGCCACCCCCUCAAAUGGCUGGAUCCUAGCGUGGCUGAAAAAUACCCUAAGCCGCAGCCGCAAGAGCCGGUGGUUUUGAAGAAGAAACCCACGAAGAAGUAGGUCAGUUUGAUUGAUCUUGUUCUUGGAUUAGCAUACAGUUCGAAUCUUUGGAUUUCUGAAUGUCCCGGAAAUGAUAAUACAUACGCUCUUUAUAAGAAUUAUAAUUUUGAAGUUUUUGUGAAAGACAUUUCUUUCAUGCCCUUGGCUA